UCGGAUCAAGAACAAUUCCAUUAGCCCUAGGAAGCUUUCCUCUUCCCUCUCUCUUUGUCGCGUCAGUCCUGGAUUGCUGAUCGAUCCUUAGCUUAGGUAUCGGGAGAAUGAGAAAUCUGUGACGGAUUCUCUCGCGAGGAGUCAGGUCUGCGAGGGAUUUGAUUGAGCGAGCAUCGCAUCGAGAAAAUGCGGAGAUCCAGCUGGGGAAUCGCUGGCCUCUUUCGUGAGUGGAGAUUCUCGCUGUUCUAAGGUGGGCAAGGUUUCUUGUUCCAGAGGGGAAGUUUCGGGCGAGGAGCUCCUCUGGGAUUUCUUUCUAGCCAUGGGCGGAGGAGAGAAAUUGGAGUUUUGGCGAUCUUUCUUCAGGGAUUUGGAGCACGAUCUCUGGACGGUGAUCGACCGGGGCAUCGCGAUCGCGGCGGCGGACUUCCCCGACAAGCUUAGGGAGAGGCGCGAUGGGAUCGCCGAGAAGCUAUUUCAGCAAAUCGCUUGCCGGGCGGGGCCGAUCGAGGAGGAGGAGGAGGAGGCCGCGGUGCUACGGGGAUCGGUGAGCCGCCACAGCGAAAUCUCUCCAGCCAUCACGGCGUGCGAUCACGAGUAUGGGAAUUCCGUGAUGGACAUGGGCAGUGGGAAUCGCGAGGGCGAUGUCAAGGAAGUUUUCAAGAUUAAAAAGGAGCUGGUAGAUCUUGAUAAGAACGAUGACGACAUUUUAGAACUUCUUGUGCGAUUGACAGAUUUAAAUCUCUCGAUCGAGACUCUGAAGGCGACUGAGAUUGGCAAGCCUGUGAACAAUCUGCGGAGACACGGCUGCGAUCAAAUAAAGUCGGCCGCCAGGAAACUUAUCCGAUCGUGGAAGGCUGUAGCCGACGAAUGGGCCAAAAGUCUAGACGACGUGCAAGGAAACGAUGAACAAUGCACACCGGCACCACCACCCAUUGACGAAGACGAGCUCUUCGCGACCACUUUCGAGAUGACAAAGCUCAUAGAUCUCAUGGAUAAUAGCAUGGAUAACAACAUGGCGACGGGGUGCUCGAUCUCGGCGGACGAAUCGCCACUCAACUCAUCGAGCCGCGCCUCGCACUCACCGAUGCCAGUGUCCCCAUUUUACAAUAAUUCUGGGGACCACUUCCGGCCGAGCGGACUUAAACAUGCCAGGAAAGAUGAAAGGAAGCCACCGAUGCUGGAUGCCUCCUUCCACAGAAAAAAAGAGAGGCCACAGCAACAAUCGAGACGAGAAAGUGAUCAUCCUGAGAAUGACAAGCUCGCGGCCGCAAAACGUAAACUGCAAGAAGGCUACCAACGAGCAGAAACUGCUAAGAAGAACCGGACUGUUCAAGUCAUGGAUUUGAUGGAUCUUCCCAAAGGAACGGGAGGGCCAAAGGCAGUAAAACGGGCUCCCGGUGGAACGAAUAACAGUAAUAACAAGCCUCCUCACGGUUUGCCACACCGAAGGUGAAAUUCUGGCAAAUUUUUCUACGUGUAGCAGGAUGAGAGACAAUCUGUACAAUAGUAAAAGAAAAAAGAUUAAAUAUACAAUCUAUGCUCUAGACCAAAGCUCUAGAAGCUAGAAGUUUUAAUAAA